GUGUGCAUUUGUGUGUGUGUGUGUUUCUGGCGGUGCAGCGGCGCACUGAUUGGGCUGCUGCAAUUUGCAAAACGAAAAACGGGAACAAAAUGUCGGUUUGCCUGGUAACGCUGCCCAAAAAUAGGCGAACGGUACCUAGUGCUCUCACCGUUUUGUGCCCUGUUAGGCUGUGCUGUGAUCGCGAGUGCUCAGUGGUGGUCUUCGGUGGUGGUUCCCCUUUUGGAAUUUAUACUGCAGUUUCUCAAAUAGAUAAUUCACAGAAUGGCGGAAGUACUUGCCUCCUUAGAUUAUUUUGGAUACCUGCUACGACUUUUUAGCCAACAGUCCAACGAAAUCUUAUGAAGUUACUUUUGCGAUUGGUUCUACGUUAUGUGCGUAAUAGUCAGGCUGCAAUAUCCACACCUACAUGGAGGUACCUCUAUCUACCAGCAAUGGUUCGGAAUUUAAUCGAAAAGUUUUCGACUUGUUUAACGUGGUUCCGUUGGAUGGGGUAAGUCCCGUUUUGCUAGUAGGAACCCGUAGAUCCGAACUUGUGUUUCUAUGGCCUCACAAGUUCGUAUUUAACGGGACCUACUACCAAAAAUAAUCAACAAAACGCAGAGGGAAAAUGUGUGUUCUAUUCGCUGCAAUUUUUCCCAAUCGUCUUUUGACCUACGUACAUGCGGAGUGCUUUUUUAAAAAAUAAAAGAAGAAAGAAAAGGGGAGCGAAAAAUAAAAAAGAGGGUGGUUUCUGGGUGAGGUAGUAGGUUGUAUAGUAAGUAUUACACCUUUUUGGAGUACUGUACAGCCUGCUAACUUUCCCUGAAUCGUACCAUUUUCGCCAAAAAUUAGCAGCAAUUUUGACCUUUAUUUGACAUUUAUAAACCGUAAUACCUAAUAAAAGAUUACUUUAUAGCUUUGAAGUACUUUCGUUGCAUUUUAUAUUGCACGCAGUACAAAAAAACAGUGGCGUGGAAAUAAAUUUUAAUUUCUCCUUUACCUUUUCCCAAAAUCAUUUCCACGCCACUGGUAAAAUAUAUUAUAGAUCGUUACGAUGCCACUGUUCAGUGUUGAUUUUUUUUGACAUUGUAAACGUGAUUAUGUGUUUGUAUUUAUUGCAACAGGUCAAUGUAUGCAAAGGCUAAUUUUGCCUGUUCCCUGAGACCCUAACUUGUGAUGUUAAUUGAACUCUCACAAGCUAGCGACUCGGGUAUUGGCGGAUGGCAACACUGCAGAGCGUCUAGUAACUUUUGAAUUAAGGGAUUGACAACAUUUAUUCACUAUUGGUGUAAUUUAACAUGGCUGCUUAAUGUUUAUUUAAUUGUCAAGUUUGUGAUAAUUUUAUUUAUAAUUUUGAAAGAAAGACCACAAAGUUGUUUAUUUCAUAAUUAAUAGUAGCGUGUGUACAGGUAGAAGCUAAACCUACCUCAUUUGUAACGUGUUUCUUAAUGAUUUUGUGGUAUUAGUGUUGAUUGUUAGUUUUAAGGUUAUAACUGUACUGUAACUAAUUAACUGGGAACUAUUUAAAUUAAAUUAACGUUAUAAUGAACGAAAUUGAACUUAAAAUGUUAUUGCAAUAUCCUUUUAUUGUUCCCAUAAAGGAUAAUAAGUUCCAAUAUGCAGGCUAUAUGUUAGUAAAUGGUGUGGAUUAUGAUAUUGAUUUAAGUACACCUUCCGACGAUUUUGAAGGCUAUGAAGUUAAAAUGACGCAUCAGUUGCAACCGUUUCAAAAAGAAAUUAAGAAUUUGAUAAGAUAUGCAGAUGGAUAUAAUGUUUUAGAAUUAUUGGACAAAUUGAAAGAUAUUCUAUCAGCCAAAACUAUACCCAAAGAAAUUAUUAAUCACACUGCUGUUUAUAGACAUGUGAUUAAUGAAUAUGUUGAACUUCGAGAGUUUUAUUUUAACAUUCAUAAAUGUGUUCUGGCUAGUAAUAUGUCAGACAUUAGUAUUGUUCACAUUGAUACUUCAGGAAGAACCCAUCAAAUUAAAAUUAGUAUUGAUUAUGACGAGCAAAAAAAUAUAUUCAAAGUAGUGGACAGUAGUCUUCCAAAUCCUACUAAUAGGGAAUUAUUUAAAUCGUCAAAUUCUUUGAAAGCAUUAUAUGAAGUUUUUGUUAAUACCAUAGAAAGAUUGCAAUUAUUUUUUGAUAUAAUGGAUAGCAUAAGUGAAAUUUGUUGGAUUUUAGAUCCAUUACAACCAACAAGAAAAGAUUAUCAUAGAAGAAUAGCUUUAGGUAAUACUUCCUCUGUUAUCCUUACUGUUGACCCAUGGUUUCCCACAAAUCCUCCUGAUUUAAAGUUUCUUGGCCCUGAAAGAAUUAUAAAUGAUUUAAGAGAAAAANUUGACGAAUCAGUCUAUAGAGAUGGCUUAGAAGAACUGCAAUCCAAACCCCCGAAUUGGUAA